AUGAUUAUUGAGCAACUUGAUGUAUAUUGCGAGGGAGCGAGGGAGCGAGAGAGCGAGGGAGCGAGAGAGCGAGAGAGCGAGAGCGAGAGCGGGAGCGGGAGAGGGAGCGAGAGAGGGAGCGAAAGAGGGAGCGAGAGAGGGAGCGAAAGAGGGAGCGAGAAAGGGAGCGAGAGAGGGAGCGAGAGAGGGAGCGGGAGCGGGAGCGGGGAGCGGGGAGCGGGAGCGGGAGCGGAGAGCGGGAGGGAGCGGGAGCGGGAGCGGAGAGCGGGAGCGGGAGCGGGAGCGGAGAGCGGGAGCGGGAGCGGGAGCGGAGAGCGGGAGCGAAGGAGCGAGGGAGCGAGGGAGAGCGGGAGCGAGGGAGCGAGGGAGAGCGAGGGAGGGAGCGAGGGAGAGAGCGGGAGCAGGAGCGGGAGCGGGAGCGAGAGCGAGAGCGGGAGCGGGAGCGGGAGCGGGAGCGAGAACGGGAGCGGGAGCGAAGGCGGGGGCGGGAGCGGGAGCGAGGAAGCGAAGGAGGAAACCGGGAGAUGA